CAAAACACCAACCCCUCUCUCCCUCUCCACACAUCCCACUACAUUCUUCUCACUCUUUCCUCUCUCUCUCUCUCCUAAUUCACUUCUCGCAACCUCUUUCUAAACAAACAACAAAUGGAAGAAGCACUUAGGAGACUCAACGGUCUGAGUCACGCUUCCGAGCCCGACCCAGUCCAGUACCCCACCACCACCCUAAAACGCUGCACCACCACCGCCACCGCCGCCAACAAACGCUCCCUCAAAGACCCACCCACUUCCAGCACCAACCAGACGCGCUACCGCGGCGUCCGCCGCCGCCCGUGGGGCCGGUACGCCGCCGAGAUCCGCGACCCCCAGUCGAAGGAGCGGCGGUGGCUCGGCACCUUCGACACGGCCGAGGAGGCCGCGUGCGCCUACGACUGCGCCGCCCGGGCCAUGCGAGGCGUCAAGGCGAGGACCAACUUCGUGUACCCGACCUCCCCUUUGCACCACCACGCUCUCCCCGAAAACAAUCUCAUCCCUCCGUUCUUCGCCUUCAAAAAACCGUCCCCGCCGUCGAUGGCCCGAAGCAUGAUCCCGUCCACUAACUUUUCCCAUUUCUCCGGCGGCCCUCACGGCGACUUCCCCGUGCCGCAGACCCAAAGGAACAGUAACAACAGUUUUCUGCUUCGUGACGGCCUCACCUCCUCUUCCACAUGCUUGACGCCGCCAGUUUACGAAAAUAUCCCUCCGGGUUCUUCCUUCCACAACCCCUCUCGCACUAAAACUUCUUCUGCCCCUGGUGACAACUUUGGCAAUUCGUCCCUCGUUUUACCAAAUAUCCCAGACCAUCAAGAAAGCUACAAUGGUACCCCUGUCGAUUUGGCUCUGGAAAAUGACGAAAUAGACGGCAUGGAUUUCUUUCAAUCGGAGCAGUCGGGUUCGGGGCUGCUGCAGGAGGUUCUCAACGGGUUUUACCCGAAACCGCAACCCAAGAAGUGUGAGAAGUCGAAAACCCAGAAGGGGGUGAAGCAGAAUAUGCAAGCUUUUGGAGAGUUGAAGGGAGCUGAGGGUGGGAGUUUUAAUGGGAAUUUGGGGGUUUACUUUGACAACAUGAAUGGGGGAUUCGGGUCCGAGUUGGGUCACAUGGGCCAUAAUGAUUACCAGCCGGGUUUUCAGUUUCCGGCGGCGGCGGCGGAGUCGGUGUUUGGGGGUGGUUUUCAGUACUCGGAGCUUUUUGGGGUUUUGGCUGCUAAUGUGCAGAAUGCUUGAGGGGUUUU